AAAUAUUAAUUAAUAGUAUUAAAAUAAAAAUAAAAAGGAACCAAAGGCGCGAAAUUUUUUGAGACUUUUCAAAACAGACGCGGGAAACAAGUCUUUUUCUCGAUUUUGGAUGAGUAGAUAUUCACGGUGAUAUGACACAUGCCUGCAUUUUCAACAUCACAAGGACAUUGAAUUUAAAAGCGGAGGAAACUUUGUUCUCCGGCAGAUUCUUUGUACCAAAGGUGAUUUCUACUUUCCCGAGAAAAUUUGGAACUUGGGCAGCUUGGUUUUCAUUGAAGUCUAGCUUGGAUUUGAGUUUACCUUUUAAGCCUUUGAGACUAAUUCAUAUGGAGAACAAAGAGAACAGCAGUUCCAGAGGUGCCUUAAUUGUUUUAGAAGGUCUGGACCGCUGUGGAAAGACAUCGCAGUCUGGCAGACUGUACAAAUACUUGGAUGAGCAGGGACAUUCAGUUGAGUCGUGGAGAUUUCCUGACAGAAAUACAGGCGUGGGGCAAAUGAUUUCUUCUUAUCUUGCUAAUGAGUUGCAGUUGGAUGACCAUGCAAUACAUCUUCUCUUCAGUGCUAAUCGUUGGGAGAAGAGAUCAUUAAUGGAGGACAAGCUGAGGAGUGGAACUACUCUCAUUGUUGACCGCUAUUCUUAUUCUGGGGUGGCAUUUUCAUCUUCCAAGGGACUAGAUAUUGGAUGGUGUAAGGCUCCUGAAAUAGGAUUGUUAGCUCCAGAUCUGGUUGUAUACCUUGACAUAUCACCUGAGAAAGCUGCUGAAAGAGGAGGUUAUGGAGGUGAAAGAUAUGAGCAGCUUGAGUUUCAGAAAAAGGUCGCCAGAUCUUAUUUGGCUCUUCGUGAUUCCUCGUGGAAGGUUAUAGAUGCAACCCUUCCAGUUGUAGAUAUAGAGAAAAAGCUCAGAGAAGUUGUUCUUGACUGUAUGAUGGCAUGCCAGAAAGGGAAACCGUUGUCUCAGCUAUGGCCAUCGCAGGUCAAGCGUACAGAAUGUCAGCAUGAAUGAUAUCUGUAACUCCUUUAUUACAGUAUCUUGGAGUUACAAUUUGCUGUAUAUUUUAUCUUCUACAAGAUUUCCUUGGAAGUGUGAAAUUGCUCCAUGUUUAGAGGUCCAUGAUAUCCGCUUGCUGCGAUCUUGAGGGGCAAGAAUUUGAUUGCAGUGAGGAGUGGGAUAAAGGAUGAGUUCUAUAUAAUACCAUCUCUGGAUUGUACUUGAGUGUCUGGAAUACAUGUUUCUGUUUUCGGCUCAGUUCUCAGACGGACUAUUUUGUUGAAUCAAGUUUGAAUGUUUUGAUAGAUCUAGGUAGGCUGAGGCAGAAUUUACUAAUGUUGCCUGUAUUUAGGUGGUGCUGGUACCUGAAAAUGGUACUUCUCUAGUUUCCUCUGUAUCAAAAGCUGCCUGCUUUAGUUUCAGGUUACUUUUGGUAACGCAAAUAAAUUUAAAAAGGAGUACUUGUGAGCUAAUUUUUGUAUCAUUAUAUACUCAUUUGGUUUGGGAUCCCUGAAUUUAUUUUUAUUUGUUACCUUAUUCUUAGUAUUUGUAAAUUGCACUCCAGAAAUGGCUUCAUUCAAAACAACGUGUAGUUUCA